AUCAUGUUCUCACCUCUCAUCUCUAUCUUUCCAUGCGCCACACCGUGUUUUCUUUCUUCCAAGUACCAACUAUUCUUCAACCUGUCAUAAUUACUCUCUUUUUCUUCUGAUCAAGUAGUAGUAACAGUGUUGAAUUCAAUACCCACAAACACAAAGUGGUCACUAUCUUAUACACCAUGCCUUCACUCUCAGAAGUGUAUCGAGCCCACCCCGUUCACGUUCAACACAAGCACCCUGACUUAAACUCUCUGCAAGAACUCCCUGAAUCUUACACCUGGACGACCACACAGCCCCAAGACCAAACUAAUAAUAACAACCUCAACCACACUGUUCCCGUCAUUGAUCUCAACCACCCAAAUGCCUCAAACCUAAUAGGCCAUGCAUGCAGAACCUGGGGGGUCUACCAAGUCCUCAACCAUGGCGUACCCAUCACUCUUCUCCACGACAUUCAACGCCUCGGAGAAACCCUCUUCUCUCUCCCCUCUCACCACAAACACAGAGCAGCUCGUUCCCCCGACGGCGUCGAUGGCUAUGGCCUCGCUCGCAUCUCUUCCUUCUUCCCCAAACUCAUGUGGUCCGAAGGCUUCACCAUUGUUGGCUCCCCUCUCCACCGUUUUCGCCAACUCUGGCCCCAAGACUGCCACAAAUACUGUGACAUUGUCAUGCAGUAUGAUGAAACGAUGAAAAAGCUAGCGGAGAAGCUGAUGUGGCUGAUGUUGGAAUCUCUGGGUAUCACAGAGGAAGAAGACCUAAAAUGGGCCGGUGCAAAAGGUCAAUUCAAGAAGACUUGCGCUGCCUUGCAACUGAACUCCUACCCGACGUGUCCGGAUCCGGAUCGGGCCAUGGGUCUGGCGGCCCACACGGACUCCACCCUUCUCACGAUUCUUUACCAGAACAACAUAAGCGGACUGCAGGUUCACCGGAAAGGAACCGGGUGGGUGACGGUGGCGCCAGUCCCGGGCGGGCUCGUGAUCAAUGUGGGAGACCUGCUCCACAUAUUGUCCAACGGGUUGUACCCGAGCGUGCUCCACCGGGUGUUGGUGAACCGGGUGAAGCAAAGGCUUUCGGUGGCUUAUCUAUGUGGCCCUCCACCGAACGUGGAGAUUUGUCCACACGAGAACUUGGUAGGUCCGAAUCAGCCUCGUCUUUAUAAGUCAGUGACUUGGAACGAGUACCUUGGCAUGAAAGCAAAGCAUUUCAACAAGGCACUCUCUACGGUUCGGGUUUGUGGUGGAAUGAAUGAGGAAAUGGACUAGAUUUGGUGGUGAAGGUUUUGGAUGGUUCCCUCUUGCAUGGUCUAUUUUGUACGAAACAUCAUCAAAGGUGUAAUAUUUUUAUUUAUUUUUUCUUCAUGAUUUGGUGAACUGGAAAAAUUGGUGGUUGAUGAAUUAGAUGUGGUGGGGGAUGGGAGCAAUAAAUAAGUUUUGUUUGGCUGUAAACGGGAGAGAGAACCAUUCGAAAGGAUAAGAGAUAUAGUCUCUGGUGUGUUUCAUUUGUCUUUGUAUCGAAAGGGACAUUACUAAAUUCUCAGUUUUCAUCAUUCAAUUCCACCACAACAAUUUCAUA